AUGGAUCUUCCUCCUGGUCCAUCUAGAGAGCGAUCUCGAAGUCCUAUAUAUAAUAAAACAAAUAAAACUAAAAUAUUAACCGACGAAGAACUCUUAUUACUUUUGGAAAAUGAUAAAUGGUUGUCAUCGGAGGAUGAUUUUGAUGGCAGUUCUGAUGAUAAUUUUGAGGGCAUUUUGGUUGAUGAUUUCGAUAACAUGGCAGAAGUUGAAGAAGGUAAUUCAAAUAAUGAUUCUCAUUAUAUGUGUUUAGAUAGUAGUACGAUGAAUGAGAUGUCUGAUAACUCUAAUAAUAGUCUUAGAAAAGAGCCUAACAAUUAUGAAACUUCCUGGUUAUCUGAUCCUGCAAAUGCAAACUAUAUUCCAUUUACAGCUACACCAGGUUUGAAAUGUGUACCCGAAGGAAACGCACCUAUUGAUUAUUUUAGAUUAUUAGUUACUGAUAGUUUUUUUGAUCUUCUUGUUGAGGAAACAAAUGCAUAUGCACUUGAUAUUUUUUUAAAUCAAACACACGAAAGUGCAAGAAUAAAUAAUUGGGUAGAUACUAACAGAAAAGAAAUGGAAAUUUUUAUUGGCUUAUUGUUUCAUAUGGGAACAAUUAGAUUAAGUAGAUUGGAAGAUUAUUGGAAAACCAGUCGACUUUUCAACAUUCCGUGUUUUCGUGAAUAUAUGAGCCGUAACAGAUUCAUGUUAAUAUUACGAGCAUUGCAUUUCACUCGUAAUCCGAAAGAAGGAGAACCUAUUCCUCAUAAUAGGUUAUAUAAAAUUCAGAGUGUUUUGAAUUAUUUUAAUUCAAAAAUGGAAGAAGUUUAUGAACCGCCUAAAAAUUUAUCUAUUGAUGAAUCUAUGAUUUUAUGGCGUGGGCGUUUGGUAUUUCGCCAAUACAUUAAAAACAAACGACACAAAUAUGGUGUAAAAUCAUAUAUGUUGACUGAACCCUGGGGUUUUAUACAUAGGGUUAUGGUUUAUUCUGGACAAGGUCAUGAUAUAUCUAAUACUAUGAGUCAUACAGAGUAUGUGGUUUUUAAACUUAUGAAUGGAUUAUUUUAUGAGGGUCGAUCACUAUUUAUGGACAAUUAUUAUAAUAGUGUCCAUCUAUCAAAACUGUUGUUAGAAAAAAAAACAUUUGUCACAGGAACUCUACGAUCAAACCGCAAAAACAACCCAAAAGAUGUUAUUGAUAAAAAAUUGAAAAAAGGAGAGUCUAUAUAUCGGUACACAAAAGAGGGUAUUUGUGUCCUAAAAUGGAAAGACAAGAGAGAUGUUCUGAUGAUUAGUUCUGAAUUUUCUCACUCAAUGUGUGAAGUUAGUUCUAGGACAGAAGUAAGACAGAAACCUAUAAUCGUAAAAAAAUAUAAUGAAAAUAUGUCAGGAAUAGAUCGCCAGGAUCAAAUGGCAUCAUACUACCCCUGUGAAAGGAAAUCCUUGAGAAACGUAAAAAAAAUAUCACUGUACGACUACAAGAUCUCAGUUAUUGAAAGUUUAUUACCUAAAAAAGACAAUAAAACACAGAAAAAUUCUGAGGUGAAAAAAACUGAAGCACAUUUACCCAAAAAAGUUGAAAAAAACGAAAAAAACAGAUAUUAUAAAAAACGCUGUAAGGUUUGUGCUGAUAAAAAAAUACGAAAAGAAACUAUAUAUUACUGUGAUCAAUGUGAGGAUGAACCAGGGUUAUGCUUGGAACAAUGCUUCAAAGAGUUUCACAAAUAA